AUGUCUUUCUCCUUUUACUAUUCAUAUCAUAAACAUAAUAUGACUAACUUAUUAAAUCUUCCACAACAUUGUAUUGAAUCUAUUGCAAAACAAUUCAAGUCCAGAUAUUUCUCCCCAAAAGAUUUGUCCUUGGUUUUAUCAAGUUUCGAUAAUGAAAAUUACUGCAAGUAUAUAUUAUGUGGUAACUUUAGUUGUAAAGAACAUGAAUAUUUCGAUAAUAUAUAUAUUAAUAUAUCAAACAUUGAACCAACCCUUGACGAUAGAAAGAAUUUUCGAAUUAUAAAUCGUGAAUUCUUGUUAUCAAAUUUGAUUGAAUAUGUGGAAUUACAAAAAUUAUGUUUGGCUCCAUUAUUAAGAAUUUGGUCAAUUGAUCCCAAUUUACAUAUUAUACUAGCAUUACAUCCUUAUGUUAUCAGAUUUAGAGGUAAUGGUCGGGUUAUAAUUUUCAAAGAUGACAUUUCUAGUACGGAGAAUCUUGAAAUAAGACAAGAUAUGGUGAAAAAGAUAUGGGGAUCUCAACAAUUGUUACUAAAAGAUUAUCAAUAUCUUAAACAAAGAGAGAUUGAAAAUAUAAUUGAUUUGACAAUUGAAUUACACGAUGAUAUGAAUAAAGAUAUGGAGGGAUUAAGAUACUUGCAUCCAAGUAUUUUAAAAGUGAUUAUUAAAUCUACAAAAUUGACUUAUUCUGGAGAUAUAAUUGCUCAAGUUUUAGAUUUGACAAAUGUUAGAAAAUUUACAUUUUCAUAUCCUGUUGCUGGUUCGAGAGUCACGAAUUGGAAUUUCAUUGCUGAGGAUUUAGAAGUCGUCAAGGUGUUGGAUAUUUCUCUCGGUACAAUUGUCAACAUAAAUGAUUUUUUGAAUUAUGAAGCAAGGUCCAUAGAUGAAUUUAAACUUACAUUACUAGGAGGAAAAGAUAACUUGGAUCAAAUAAAGUCAAGCGUGAGGAGGAUAAUGAGAUCAGACAAUUAUGAAGUUGUUUUUAAACACAAAUCAGAGAUUAUUAAUUGA